AUGGCGCAAGCAGUGGAAGAAUGGUAUAAGCAGAUGCCAAUCAUCACCCGCACAUACCUUACCGCUGCCAUUGUUACAACUAUCGGUUGCUCCCUCGAGAUAAUAUCACCAUAUGACUUGUACUUGAAUCCGGUGCUCGUAGUAAAGCAUUACCAAGUCUGGCGAAUCGUUACCAAUUUCUUGUAUUUUCGCAAAAUGGACCUGGACUUUUUGUUCCACAUGUUCUUCCUUGCUCGAUACUGCAAGCUUCUUGAAGAGAACUCCUUCCGGGGAAGGACAGCAGAUUUUUUCUUCAUGAUCUUGUUUGGCGCCUCUGUUUUGACCGGCACUGUUCUUAUCGGGGGAAUGAUUCCUUACGUCUCAGAGUCAUUUGCUAGGAUUAUAUUCCUUAGCAAUUCACUAACAUUUAUGAUGGUUUACAUCUGGAGCAAGCAGAACCCAUACAUCCAUAUGAGCUUCUUGGGCCUAUUCACUUUCACAGCUGGUUAUCUUCCAUGGGUUCUUCUUGGUUUCUCUGUCCUUGUUGGUGCUAGUCCUUGGGUGGACCUGCUGGGAAUGAUAGCUGGCCAUGCCUACUAUUUUCUUGAAGAUGUAUACCCACGAAUGACAGGUCGACGUCCCCUGAGAACUCCGGCUUUUAUUAAAUCAUUAUUUGCAGAAGAGCCCGUUGUAGCAGCUCGGCCUGCAGAGUUGAGAUUUGCUCCUCCACCAGUCGACAAUGUUCAACAGAAUUGA